GAUUCCGGCGGGGGGGCGGGGCCUCGGGCGGGGGCCAGCCCCCCCCCCAACGGGCGGUUCACCCGCGGCCGCGGGUUCUCCAAUGGGAGACCAGCGGCUGUUAAAGGGCCGGUGAGCCGACCGACGGGGAGCGCUGGGCGCCGGGUCAUGAAAAUCAACUGCUAGAAGCCAAAAGGAGAGGUGAUUGCACUGUAAUUUGGAGAAGAAACAGCAGGAAUAUUACGGUGUUGCUGCUUGUCAUGGGGCGGUUUGCUCACUGCUGGUCGUGCCUCUUUCAGACACUUUUAGGAAUUAGCUUUGCCCAGGAUCUUAACAAGCCUGGCAGAUAGAAAGAUGACCAAGUAAUGAGAGAACCCACUACCUGAAGAACCGAGUGCCAGUUUGUGAUUGUUUUUUAAAUCAUGGUUGUAUAAAUAAAUUUAAUAGUAUCAUAUUAUCUCUUUAGUUGGCUGCAGUAACAAUUAUUAGAUUUAAAGAUGGAAAAAAUGAAACAAUUAAAAAGAAAAAGAAAAAGCAAUUUUAGCGUUCAAGAAACUCAAACACUCCUUAAGGAAAUUAGAAAAAGGAAAGAGGUACUUUUUUCCAAGCAGCUUAAUACAACAAUUAACGAAAUGAAACGAAAGGCUUGGGAAGAAAUCGCAGAGUGUGUGAAUGCUGUAGGUGAAGGAGAGCAAAGAACGGGGACAGAAGUGAAAAGACGAUACCUUGAUUGGAGAGCACUCAUGAAGAGAAAGCGUCUGAAUGCAAACAUCAAACUGGUAGGUGCUGGGUUUCACCUUCCGUCAUCCGAUUUAGAUGACUCUGUCAAUGAAGAGAUGGAUGAGAAAAUGGGAUUUACAAAUGAAAACAGUUUUGAAUGGCUAAGUAUCACAGACUUCAGAGAAGCCAGUGGAUCUUUAACAGAAAUCAAGGUGGAAGAGGAGGAGGAUCCACAGAAUUUUGAAUUUCCUAUUGAGGAAGAAGAGGAAAUUUUGUCAUCAGUUUUGCCAGAUUCCAAAAAGGAAAGUGAUCUACCUGAUUUCACCCACAUUGAAGAGUUUGGAAAUCUGAGCUCUGCUCAAGCCCGACUAGCCUAUGAGGACUCUCAUUUGCUCAUAAACUUGGAGAAACAAAAACUAGAACUGGAGAAACAGCGGCUGGAUAUUGAAGCUGAAAGACUACAGGUGGAGAAAGAGCGCCUGCAGAUCGAAAAGGAACGAUUGCGGCAUGUAUCCCUCGAGCAUGAGAGACUUCAACUGGAGAAGGAGCGGCUCCAGAUUGAGCGGGAGAAACUGAGGCUAGAGGCUCUGCGUGCUGAAAAACCUGCCCUGGAAAAUGACAUCACCCAAGUGGAAAAACCCAUUUUACAGCCUCUGGAUCUAGAAACUGAAAAAUUAAAACUCGAAAAGGAACGUUUACAAUUAGAGAAAGAGAGGCUGCAAUUUUUAAAAUAUGAAUCUGAGAAGCUGCAGAUUGAGAAGGAACGUUUACAAGUGGAAAAAGAACGCUUUCGAAUUCAGCGAGAGGGUCACUUGCAGUGAGCUUCUUGGCUAAGGUGUCAUUAAUAGUGUUUUGAUGUUCAAAUAUAAGUAGUUUUUUCUUAAUAAAGAAACUGUCCUAGAGGUUUAACUUUCUUCUGUCCAAAAUUUAAUGUUGAUGUUAAACUAAAAAAAUAAAAAAUGAAAAGGAA